AGAUGGCAUGGCAUUGAACCUCUGUGUGAAAAGUUUCUUGUUGUUUUUUUUUUAAUUAAAUUUAAUGUUAAAUUAAUAGAAAAUUAUGUUUAAAUGUUAAACAAAUCGAGUGUUUGAUAAAUAAAUAAUUUGUCCCACUGUGAAUAAAUAAAUAAAGAAAAUCAUGACAGAAAAGGAAAGUGAGACAACGAUGUCGGACAAUAUAGAAACGGAAUAUUUGGACUUGAAUUCCAAAAACGAUUGGCCGACGUUUUAUCAGAAAAUCCGGACAAAAAGUAUAAAAUUGGCAGGACAGUGUACCGAAGCCCUGAAACCCCAAAACAAAAAUUUGAAUCGGUAUAGGGACGUCCAUCCCUAUGACCACAGCCGUAUUAUUCUGCAAAGAGGGUCCACUGAUUAUAUUAAUGCUAAUUUGUGCAAAGUCGAAAAAGCUAAUAGAAAAUACAUAUUGACUCAAGGUCCCUUGUCCAACACCGUCAGCCAUUUUUGGCUGAUGAUCUGGGAACAACGGAGUAAAGCAGUGCUUAUGCUGAACAAAUUGGUGGAGAAAAAGGCGGAAAAAUGUCACCAGUAUUGGCCGAGGAACAUCGGUGAUAUUUUGACAUUUGAUGACGUCGGCCUCAGUUUGCAGUACAUUGAACAGCGGGAUCAUUCGUAUUAUUUGACUAGGGUUCUGAGAUUGACAGAUAUCGAGAGCAGAGAUCACAGGGACAUUCUCCAAUUCCACUACAUCACGUGGCCCGAUUUCGGAGUUCCUUGUUCGCCCACCAAAUUCCUAGAUUUUUUGAAAAAAGUCAGAAAAGCCGGCGCUUUGGAAAAGGACGUCGGCCCGCCGAUCGUUCACUGUUCGGCCGGCAUCGGCCGCUCGGGCACUUUUUGUCUCGUCGAUUCUUGUUUGGUUCUUAUUGAAAAGUACGGUUUGAAUUCGGUAAACGUGGAAGAAAUCCUAUUGGAAUUGAGAGGGUACAGGACCGGACUGAUACAGACUCACGAGCAACUGAGAUUUUCUUAUCAGGCGAUUAUAGAGGGCGCCAAACAGCUUCUGAAUCCGGAUUCGGAAGAUGAGGAGGAGGAGGAUUCGAUAGGACAGGCGAACGGAGGAGGCGAGCUGAUAGAAGAGGCGCCCAGCUCGGAGGAGGACAACGAGCCGCCCCCCCUUCCGCCCCCGCGCUCCGACAGCCUUAAACCAGCGGCGGCGCAGCAAAACGGUCUGGCGGACCGGCCACUGCCCACCAUACCUCAGAGUGUCUCGGACGACGAUUUGACUUACAAAGAAGAGAAACAAAUCCCGAGCGGUCCUUUGCCGGGAGUACCCGACGACGGAAGCAGCGAAGAUUCGCUAGAGGAAGAAGAAGACGAAGAAGACGACGAAGCCGACGAGGAAGACGAAGACAAAAGACCGGAAAGUCCACUUUCCGACAGUUCAAACAAUUCCGCCGAACUACGUCACCGACGUCGGGUCGAAAGGAAAAACAACAUGGAGAAGCGCGUGCGCGACAUGAAGAGGCGGCAACAGGCGAACGAAAACUGGCAACAGCUCAAGAGGUCUCUAUAUGUUCCUUUUGUCGUUGGCGGCGCCAUUUUGUUUGGCGGCGGUCUUUGCGCCUACUUUUAUUUGAAAAGUAACAAUUAAAUACACGUUAGUUCGAUCUAGACAGCGAAAACAAGGUUUUUCGGAAUUGUACUAGAUUUAGUACAAUUUUUUUUUUUUAGUACAAUCCGAUAAAUAAAGUUUUAAGCUGUUAUAAACACAUUCCGUGACAUUCCUACACCUUUUCAAUUAUUGUACUAAAUUUAGUACAUUUCCUAGGCGUGAAUUUCUAGUACAUUUUCAACUUUUUUUUUAUGAAAUGAAUUAUUGAAAAAUCCCUCUUCUACAAUUUUUUGGAAAUUGUACUAAAUCUAGUACAAUAUUAAAAAUCGUGUUAACGUAAACAUUAUCCAAUUGAGGUGCAAAAAAGACUGAAAAGUCCAUUGGGAAAAGUGUAAAUAUUAAUUAAUUAAAUAUAAACCCUCUCUAUACAGGGCCGUACCGGCCCAAUUUUUUUUUUUUUAAUUUUAAGCAUUCCGUUGAAAAGUGCCUUUUUUUUACAGAAAAAAAAAUAUUUAACCACAUAGCACGUAAGUCUGAACUUGUAAAUUAAGCUUUAUUCAGUUACCCAGCAAGAAAACAACCAACGUUUCAUCAAAACGGCGCCUUCUUCAGGCCAAAAAACUAAUUGUACUAAAUUUAGUACAAAUAUGUUUCCUAGUACAAUUUGUCAAAAAAUCAUUGUACUGAAUUUUGGGGCAAAAUCAAUCAAUUCCCGAAUUGUACUAGAUUUAGUACAUUUACAUUUUUAGUACAAUUCAACUUGAAAAAUCAUAAUAACCGUUUUUUACAAAUUUUACUUAUUCUUAGUAAAUUUUCUUGGAUGUGAUUUUCUAGUACAUUUCCAUACGCAUAUGAAAAAAAUAAUGAACUUUUAGUACAUUUCAAGCGUUUAUUGAGUACAAUUUGUUUUUUAGUACAAUUUUUUUUUUUUUUUUUCAAAAAUUGUUUUAUUAAAUCAAUUUUUAUUUCCGAAAAUUUCAUUUUUAGUACAUUUUUUUCAUUUUAGUACAAAAAACGUACACACAAACUCCUAGGAUAAUAGAAAUAUUUAGUACAUUUCAUUUUUAGUACAAUUUAUUUUUGAUACGGAGAAUCGUACGCACUCUUAGGAUAAUGGGAAAUAUUCAUCAAUAAUUAUACUAAAUUUAGUACAAUUAAUUUUUACUUCGAAAAAUUGUACUUAAUAUAUUUUUAGUACAAUUUAUCUUUAUUUCUAAAAAUAGAACAAAAUUUUCAGAAAUUGUACUAAACUUAUUUUUAUUUCCAAAAAUCUAGUACAUUUCAUUUUUAGUACAAUUUAUUUUUGUUCCAAGGCAUCGUACGCACUCCUAGGUUAAUAAACAAUAAUUGUACUAAAUUUAGUACAAUUAAUUUUUACUUUCGAAUUCUAGUACAUUUCAUUUUUAGUACAUUUUUUAAUUAUUUUUGACAUUUUCGACAAUUGUACUAAAUCUAGUACAUUUCUGAAAAAGGCGCCAAAAUGUGUAUCAACCUUUAUAUUAUCAAAAAAAAUAGUAUUAAAAAAACUACUAUAAUGUGAUUAUUAAAAAAAAAAAAAAAAAAUAAAUAAAUAAAUAAAAAAAAAAAAAGUUUUAUUUUUUCACACGUUGUUUUCUUGCAGGCCCAAAACGACCCUCCAAGACUGACAUUUGAAUUUUUUUUGGAGACGCCUGGACUAUGAAACGUUCCGAUUGGUCGAAGACAAAUUUUGCGGUUUGACAUUUUGAAAAUUUGUAUUUUGUAGAAUAAAAUAAUUAGCCGUUGUGAGUCAAUUGUACUAAAUUUAGUACAUUUGAAAAUGUACUAAGUCUAGUACAAUGUAUUUAAUAAAGUAGAAAACUGUUUUAUAACUCAAAUAAUGGUUUUUUUUAAAUUAAUUCAUAAUUGUACUAAAACUUAGUACAAUUCUCAAUUGUCUUUGUACAAGCUUAAAAACGGUUUUUCGGUUGGCUGGAGCCAAUUUUCUUCGGAAUAUUUCGUGUUUUUCCGUUCGACCACGUGGAAAGUGUAGGCGUGUCGUGAUUGGUCGGAUUUGUUGGGUUCGCUGAAGUGCACCACUUGGCCGUCAAUAAGCACCAGACUGCCUGGAAAAAAAAAAAUAAUUGUAUGAAACUUAGUACAAUUUUGUCAAUUUUUUGUACCUUUUGGUACUGGUACUGCGCAAAAACUACUUUUCUGAUAAGUCGGCGCAGGGGCAUUGUAAAUGAGAAGUUCUUCUGAGUCUUUUUGAGGAUUUCUGAUGAAGCGACGAUGGAUUCCGCUUUUGUGGGAACCUUUCGAGAACCACAAGCACCCGUUUUCCACAGUGGCGUCCUCUAGGGCGAACCAGAAACCGACGACUUUCAUUGGUUCCGUGUGCAAAAACCAGCCGUCCUGAUGUGGUACCACUGGAAAAAAAAAUUUGAGGUUGGGUUUUCGAACAACUUUUAGGUUAUAUGAGUG